UUAUUUAUUUUUGUUUUCUAGGUAUAGAAGAAUAAAUUCUGAAUAAGACUACAGGUAGGAUGGAUAGUUAUUUUAAAGCAGCUGUCAGUGAUCUGGACAAACUCCUCGAUGAUUUUGAACAGAACCCAGAUGAGCAAGAUUAUCUCCAGGAUGCCCAAAAUGCAUAUGAUUCUACCCACUGUUCAGUUUCUUCAGAGUUGUCUUCCUCACAGCUAACUUCACUACUACCAAAGGACCAACAAUGUUGUGCCUCAUCAGAAACAUGCUUUGAAACAGAUGAGAUUUCCCUGAACAAAAAAACACUCACGGGACUAACUUCUAUACAAAAUGAAAAAAAUGUAACAGGACUAGAUCUCCUUUCUUCUGUGGAUGGUGGUACUUCAGGUGAAAUUCAGCCUCUGUAUUUGAGACGAUGUAGUAAACCUGUCUGUGAUCUGAUAAGUGAUACGGGUAACUUAGUUCAUCCAACUAAUAGUGAAGAAGAUAUUAAAAAAUUGUCAGAUGAUUUUAAGUCGAGUGCAGAUUCAUUGGUUGGAUUGGAUUUAUUUUCAGCAUCAGAUACUCUGUAUGUUUCUUCAGUAGACCAUGGUAAAGAGACUGUUAGAAAAGAACAGAAUGAGGCCAACUCUGAAUUACAAAAUAGAGAAACUGGGGGAAUGAAAGAAUUGGGUAUAAAAGUAGAGAAAACAUUUUCAGACUCUAGUAAUUAUAGCAAAAUGGAAAAUUUAAAGGACAAAAAGAUCUCUAAUAAUUUAGAACCAGUUACUGAUUUUAACAUGUUAUCUACUUUGACUCAACCAAAUUCCAAAACGUUCGAUACCAAAGACAGCCUACAACACAAGAGUCAGCCAUGCAAUUCAUUAGAAGAAGAUGGUUGUUUGGUGAAAGAAGAGGUCGAUGUGGCAGUCAUAACUACCAUACAAUGUUUAAAAGAAGGAGGCAGAACAAGUGCUUUGCCUGAUAGUCCUCCAAAAAAUGAAAGCUUAUGCUUAAAUAAUUCAAAUUCAAGAGAUGGAAAUUCCAAAUUGCCUGACAUUUCCUUUCAGGAAGAUAGGACUCCUGUGUUUAUAAAACAAUCUGCAAAAGAAGACUCAAGAAAUUUAGGUCUUAAAGAUAAUAAUGAUGUAAUCCAAGAUUCCUCUUCAGCUCUACAUGUUUCAAGUGAUGACAUACACUCCUCAUUGUCCUGUCUUCCAGUAUCUGGGUCUUUGUGUGAAUCAUUAAUGGAAGAUAAAUUACACGGUGAUUUUUUGCCUCAGAAUGAACAAGAAGAUAAUAUACAAGACACAGUGACUUUGGAUGAAGAAAUGCAGAAGAGUAUUAUUUCAGGUGGGGAACCAUUCAAGGAGACUGAUCUUUUGAAACAGGAAAAAUAUAAAAACAUACUUUAUCAGCCAUUAAUUGAAAAGAUGGGAGAUAGAGAGGUAGGUCCUGAUCAGAUGGAAAUCGGAAUUGAAUCUUUGAAUUACCCUGUUAACAUCAGUUCUAUAGCUGCAGAGUGUCAAAUAGAGCCUUCUGACACUGAUGCUUCAGCGUCUCCUGAUUGCUGUGGAAGUCUCACUUUUUCAAGUAGUGCUAGGGAUGGGCAAGACUUGGAUUACUUUAAUAUUGAUGAAGGAAUGAAAAGUGGCACUCUAAUUAGUGAUGCUGAGCUUGAUGCUUUUCUGACAGAACAGUAUCUUCAGACCACUGACAAAUCUUUUGAAGAAAAUGUAAGUGACUCAAAAUCUCAAAUGAAUCAGGUAGAUAAGAAAAACUUGGAUGAUGGAAAUAUCAAUAUGCAUUUCAACACUGAAGCAGGAGCUACUGGGGAAAGUUAUGGUAUAAAUAUGAUUUGUGAAACAGUUGAUAAACAAAAUGCAGUAGGAAAUGGUGGCCUUUCUUUAAGGGAGAAGAACACAAUUCCAAAUGAACAAGAGUUACCCACCAGUAAGUCUGAGGUUACAAAUGAAUUACCAUUCUCUUCUAUUGACAGUCAAUCUACUCAUGUUGGAGGGGCCAGACCUAAGCAAUUAUUUAGCCUUUCAUCAAGAACAAGGAGCUCAAAGGAACUAAAUAAGCCAGAUAUUCCAAAUAUGCCAGAAAGUGAACCCCCUAUAGCAAAUACCAUUGCUCCAGAAACUUGUAUUCCAGGUUCUACAAGUGAUCCUCAAGUUAGCUUCAAUUCUAACUACAUGGAUAUAGAAAGUAAUUUUGAAGGUGGAUCCAGUUUUGUAACUGCCAGUGAAGAUUCUUUACCUGAAAACACUUGCAAAGAAGGCUUAGUUUUGGGCCAGAACCAACCUACUUGGGUUCCUGAUUCAGAAGCUCCGAACUGUAUGAACUGCCAAGUCAAAUUUACUUUCACUAAACGGCGACACCACUGCCGAGCAUGUGGGAAAGUAUUUUGUGGUGUCUGUUGUAAUAGGAAGUGUAAACUGCAGUAUCUAGAAAAGGAAGCAAGAGUGUGUGUAGUCUGCUAUGAGACUAUCAGUAAAGCCCAAGCCUUUGAAAGGAUGAUGAGCCCAACUGGUUCUAACCUUAAAUCUAAUCAUUCGGAUGCAUGUGCCACUGUCCAGCCUCUUCAGGAGACCCAAACCUCCAGUACAUCUUCACCUACAACUUUGCCAGUCUCAGCACUUAAACAACCAAGUGCUGAAGGAUUGUGCUCUAAAGAACAGAAGAGAGUGUGGUUUGCAGAUGGUAUAUUGCCUAAUGGUGAAGUGGCAGAUACAACAAAAUUAUCAUCUGGAAAUAAAAGAUGUUCUGAAGACUUUAGUCCUGUCUUACCUGACAUGCCCAUGAUAAAGGAUCUAAAGAAUGAGACAGUAAACACAAUGGAUAAUGCCCAUUCUACUACAGUGGAAAAACCAAACAAUGAGAGAGAAGAUAAUACAAAAAAUGAGAUAAUUCAGAGUCCUAUUUCUCAGGUUCCAUCAGUAGAAAAACUACCUAUACAAACAGGAACUGAGGAGUUACCUACCUCGAGUUCUUUUACACUUGAUGAUGAUGUGUUUGCAGAUAUUGAGGAACCAUCUAGUCCUACUGGUGUAUUAGUUAAAGGCAGUUUACCUGUUGCUAGUAUUUCAGAUUUUAGGCUGCUGUCUGGUAUUGACAAGUAUGUUUGCAAUAAGAUUAGUCUUCUACCUAAUGAUGAAGACAGUUUGCCCCCACUUCUGAUUACAUCUGGAGAAAAGGAAUCAGUGCCUGUGGUAGAAGAAUACCCAUCUCAUGAGAAGAUCAUUUUGCUUCUUGAAGGCGAAGGGUUUCAUCCUGUUACGUUUGUCCUAAAUGCUAAUCUACUCGUGAAUGUCAAAUUGGUAUUUUAUUCAUCAGAUAAAUAUUGGUACUUCUCAACCAAUGGAUUGCAUGGCUUGGGACAAGCAGAAAUUAUUAUUCUCUUACUAUGUUUGCCAAAUGAAGAUACUAUUCCUAAGGACAUCUUCAGACUGUUUGUCACCGUAUAUAAGGAUGCUGUAAAAGGUAAAUUCAUAGAAAACUUGGACAAUAUUACCUUCACUGAGAGUUUUCUCAAUAGCAAAGAUCAUGGAGGAUUCCUGUUUAUUACACCUACUUUUCAAAAACUCGAUGAUCUCCCAUUACCAAAUAGCCCUUUUCUUUGUGGAAUUCUGAUCCAGAAGCUGGAGAUUCCCUGGGCCAAGGUCUUUCCUAUGCGCUUAAUGUUGAGACUGGGUGCAGAAUAUAAAGCAUAUCCUGCUCCUCUAACAAGUAUCAGAGGCCGAAAACCUCUUUUUGGAGAAAUAGGACAUACCAUUAUGAACUUACUUGUUGACCUUCGAAAUUACCAGUAUACUUUGCAUAAUAUAGAUCAGCUAUUCAUUCAUAUGGAAAUGGGAAAAAGCUGCAUAAAGAUACCUCGGAAAAAAUAUAGUGAUGUCAUGAAAGUAAUAAAUUCUUCUAAUGAGCAUGUUAUUAGCAUCGGAGCUAGUUUUAGUACAGAAGCUGAUUCUCAUCUAGUCUGCAUACAGAAUGAUGGAGUUUAUCAAACACAAGCCAACAGUGCCACUGGCCAUCCUAGAAAAGUGACAGGUGCAAGUUUUGUAGUAUUCAAUGGAGCUCUAAAAACAUCUUCAGGAUUUCUUGCGAAGUCCAGUAUAGUUGAAGAUGGCUUAAUGGUACAGAUAACUCCAGAGACCAUGGAUGGCUUGCGACUAGCUCUACGAGAGCAAAAAGACUUUAAAAUUACGUGUGGGAAAGUUGACGCAGUAGACCUGAGAGAAUAUGUGGAUAUCUGCUGGGUAGACUCUGAAGAAAAAGGAAACCAAGGAGUCAUCAGUUCAGUGGAUGGAAAAUCAUUACAAGGAUUUCCAAGUGAAAAAAUAAAACUGGAAACAGAUUUUGAAACUGAUGAGAAGAUUGUAAAAUGUACUGAGGUAUUCUACUUUCUAAAGGACCAGGAUUUAUCAACUUUAUCAGCUCGUUACCAGUUUGCAAAAGAAAUAGCCAUGGCUUGUAGUGCUGCACUGUGCCCUCACCUAAAAAUGCUGAAGAAUAACGGGAUGAAUAAAAUUGGGCUCAGAGUUUCUAUUGACACUGACAGGGUUGAGUUUCAAGCAGGAUCUGAAGGUCAACUUCUGCCUCAGCAUUAUCUAAAUGAUCUUGAUAAUGCUCUGAUUCCUGUGAUCCAUGGUGGGACUUCCAACUCGAGUUUACCAUUAGAAAUAGAAUUAGUAUUUUUCAUUAUUGAAAAUCUUCUUUAGUGAAAAGAUAUGCUAUGUUAUAUAUUGCAAACUGACCUGUUGAAACUAACUCCAGCACUGAAGCUGAAAUGCUACAAACACUAAAAGUAAAUGUAUUUUGAUGUUUGAAAACAUGUAAGCUUUGCUUUUUAGACAGAAAUGAACUUCUUGAAUCAUUAGCACAAUAUUUAAAUAUAUAAGUUUAAGAGAUCCAGUUUUUGAAGCUUUAUAUACAAGAAGUACUAAAAAGACAAAGAUUUCUUCUAAUUUGAAGAAAUUUAUAGCAUUUACUGUGUUAAUGAAAUGCUAAGCCAAAGUAUUUGCACUUAGGUAUACCUCUUUAUGCCAAGAAUGAUUUUAAUGAAGGCUCUUUUCAGGUGUAACCUUAUGAAGGAAAUAUCUGUUAUUGUAUAUCCCAGUUAGAAUACUGGUUCUAAAGCCUAUUAAAAAUAUUAAUGGCAAAGACAAAUUUUAAGAUCUUAGUCUUAUACUUCGAAUUAGGCCAGUUACCUUAUUUGUAUAAUUGGAGUGGAGACCUACCUCCAUGAUUAGAUAAACUAUGAUUGUUUGGAUUAAAUUCAGAAUUUUGCCUUUUUUCUCCUCAAAUUUUAUAUAUAUAUAUAUAUACACA